UGCUUUAUCAGAAGAAGAGAAGACAUCGUUGCGUGCAGGUCUCAUCACAAAUUUCAACGAGCCUGUCAAUCAGAUAGCCACCCAGAUUGCAGUACUCAUAGCCAAGGUGGCCCGUCUGGACUGCCCCAGGCAAUGGCCAGAGCUUAUCCCCAUUCUGCUGGAGUCUGUGAAGGGUCAAGAUGGCCUGCAGCAGCACAGAGCACUGCUAACCUUCUAUCAUGUUACCAAAACACUAGCAUCGAAACGUCUGGCACAAGACAGGCGACUUUUUCAGGAUCUGGCGUCUGGCAUCUACAGCUUUGCCUGCUCCCUGUGGAGUCAUCACACCGACUGCUUCCUCCAGCAGAUCUAUGCCAGAGAUGAGGCUGCAGCACUUGGCUCACUAGAGAGGACACUGCUCUCUCUUAAAGUGCUUCGUAAGUUGACUGUCCAUGGAUUUCAAGAGCCACAAGAAAAUAUGGAAGUGAUGGGUUUCCUGAAUGCAGUGUUUGAAAGGCUAAAACAAUUCUUGGAAUGCUGCCGACAAGUUGGUCCGGAUAGUACUUGCAGAGAAAAACUGGAGAAAACUAUCAUACUGUACACAAAAGUUUUGUUGGACUUUUUGGAGUAUCAUCCAUGUGCAUUCCUACCCCUAAUCCAGUGCUCCCUGGAAUUUGCCGUCAGCUAUGUGUUCACACCUGCAGGGGAGGGAGUGACCUUUGAACGCUUCAUUGUUCAGUGCAUGAAUCUCAUCAAGAUGAUUGUUAAGAAUGAUGCCUACAAACCUUCAAAGAACAUGGAAGCUGCAUCACUAUUCGUACCUGGGUCCUGGUCACCCUGUAGCACCACCUGUGGAGUAGGUAAGCAGACUCGGGAGGUGAAGUGUCGCGUCAUGCUCUCAUUCACCAAGACGGAGGUGGAUCUUCCAGAGGAGGAGUGUGGCAAGGACAGACCACAACUGGAGAGGCCCUGCCACCAGGUGCCAUGUAGCCAAGCUCCGGGCAUUUCUUACACCCAAACGGAGGAACCGUACAGUUGGGACUACAGGGGCUUCACUGCUUGCUCAGUCACAUGUGCUGGUGGGAAACAGACAGCAGUUGUCAAGUGUGUUAAUAGGAAGAAAGGUGACGAGGUGGACGACUCUUUUUGUGAUUCAUCCAGCAGGCCACCGGUAAUGAUCCGCAUCUGUAACCCUGAGCCAUGCCCCCCAAGUUGGGAGGUGACCGUGUGGACCAGCUGUUCUGCAUCCUGCGGCGUUGGAAUACAGACCAGGAGUGUGUUUUGCAUGCGUUUCAUGUCCAUUGAGCAGCAGGAUAUUCAGAGUGUUUCAGAGGAAGAGUGCAAGGAAUUCAAACCUCCCAUCCUGCAACCCUGCAACCAGGUUGACUGUCCUGCAACCUGGGAGACCGAACCAUGGCAGCUGUGCUCUCAGACCUGUGGUGGUGGUGUCCAGGUGCGGAAGGUCUACUGUAAGCAGCUUCUGUCCACAGGGGCGUACAGGACGCUGGGGGACAGUAACUGCCGGGGGCCCAAACCUGCCACCAACAGAGGCUGCAGCAACACGGACUGUCUGCCGUUCAUGGCAGGAGGAGAAUGGGGGAAGUGCUCAGUGACCUGUGGUUUGGGAGUCCAGCGUAGGGAGCAACUGUGUCGCCAGCUGACCACUGUGGGCCACCUAGUGACGCUGGACAGGGAAGAGUGUUCAGGUUUAUCCUCCCCACCACUCAUACGAACCUGCCGUAUGAUGACCUGUCCCAAGAUGAGACCUAAAGACACCCAGAAGAUCCCAGUGAAGAACCAAAGACAUCCAGCAAAGAACAGAGACUACGCGGUUAAACGAUGUCCACUGCUAAGUGGUAAACAUCAGAUCUACAUCCAGACCCAGAAAGAGAAACGCUUCCACUUGACCAUUGGCGGCCAUGCCUAUCUUCUCCCUAAUACCUCCCUGGUCAUCAAAUGCCCCGUCAGAAGGUUCCCCAAGUCCUACAUUCGGUGGCUGAAAGACGAACGCCCCAUACCCAGCUCCAAACACAUGGGCAUCGCCAAGUCUGGCUCACUGAAGAUCCACUAUUUGACAGCAGAGGACAUCGGGGUGUACAAGUGUGUCGCCGGGCCCGCCUCAGAUAUCUUCACACUCCAGCUGAUAGGCAGCAACAGCCGGUCAACUGGCAGACAGUCUACAAUCAGUCCAAGUCCCAGCUGGAAUGAAAUGAUGCCCAGUUGCCACACACACAAUAGCUUUUUGAUCGGAGUUGGUGUGUCCCUUUUGCCCCCUGGCGCCCAGGACGCCUCGCUGCAGCCACGGUUGAAGGAGAAGCUGAUUAAUAUCACUAUGCAGGCUGACGGAGGAGAGAUCGAGCAGGAGGAGGCCUCGGAGCUCAUCGCAUCACUGCUUACACACAUGUCUGCUGCUCAGCUCUGGACCCGGACAACAGAGGGACGAGUACAAGCAAAGGACAGUCUACCCAACUGGUCAGAGCACUCUGCACUGGACAAAGCUGCGAACAGUCCAAGGAUCAUCAGACAACAGCAGAAGCUUACACCUGCUUUUCAGAAGAACAUCAACGUGAGCGUUGGACACAGCGCGCUCCUCACCAAUGCCACCCGAUCACUGAUCAUACGCUGUCCUGCAGAGGGAUUCCCACCUCCAAAAAUCAGCUGGAGCAAAGACGGAGUGCUGCUGCAGCGCACUGACAGGGUCUCGUGGGAUAUCUCUAGAGGACUUCACAUCCUUCAGCCCACAGUGUCUGACAGAGGCCAGUACAAGUGCACAGCUGCCAACGAGCAUGGCUCUGACUCAGAGACUUCUCGGCUACUGUUGGCAGAGCCUCCGGCCAUUACAGUGUCGUGGAGGAACGUUUCAGACCGUGGGCUGGUGUUGGGACACAGCUUUAGGGCUGUGGUUGGAGAACGAGUCAGCGUUCGCCUGGGCACUAACCUCACCCUGCACUGCCCCGUCACUGGUGUUCCUCCACCCUCAGUGACGUGGCACAGGAGGAAUGGACCGCUAGACUCUGCUAUGGUCUCCCUUCCCUCUGGCUCACUGUGGAUCAGAAACGUGUCUUUGCACAACCAAGGCACCUACUCCUGCACUGCCGCCAACAUCAUCGGGAAGUCCACUGCCUCAAGUGUCCUGCAGGUCUAUGCUCCUUACCCCGCUGGAGGAAGUAGGGUUGUUCCAGUCAUACAAGAGCUGAACAGGAGACGGGUUCUCAUGGCGUCACGCCGUGGAACAAGUGUUUUUAUCAAACCUGGAGACAUUCUACGUAUAGGUUGCCCAGUAGUUCCCGACCACAAACUGCCAGUGCGCUGGGACUACAAUAACCAGACCCUGAAGGAGGUUUCACGUCCAGCCCAGACCCACAGUCCUGGUCUGGGUCUGCAGUACAGGAUGUUGGUGGGAGGACGUGUCCUUGAGGUCAGCACGCUUCAUGCGAAGUUUUCAGGCCGGUACCAGUGCCAGACCCUCAUGAACAGUACCAGACAAAUGCUGCAAGCCUGGAUAUACAUUCACAGUGAAGAGUAUGGCUGGCGUUUUGGAGACUGGACCACAUGCAGCGCUUCCUGUGGACACAGAGGAUCUUGGCUGCGGAAGAUUCACUGUGUCUCACUGGAUGGAAAGGACGUUCAGGACACCAUGUGUCAGCACAUACCGAAACCCAACACAUCACCAGUUCCCUGCAACAGACGGGAAUGUCCACCCAGUUAG